AUUUGAUAACAAAACAAAAAUCAAAUUGCUUUAGCUUUUAGUCAGUUGCCGGUCUUAUAUACUUCAGGUGGUACCUACUUUUCUUGUGUUUUUUGAUCAGUUAAGAGUUUUGGAAGUUAGUUUCGGAAAAUAUAUUUAAACAAAAUGGGAAAAUCUAAAAAAUGCUGUAAAGGGCCCGGAUAUGCAACACCGCUUGAUGCUAUGAAAAAUGGACCUCGUGAGAAGCUUCUGUACGUUGUCACUGUGCAGCCAAAUCUAGAUGAACCACAUGGUGACUAUUUGUCUACGGUUGACGUUGAUCCAAAAAGUCCAACAUAUACCCAAAUUAUUCAUCGGACUUACACCAAUUACAAGAACAAUGAGCUUCAUCACAGUGGCUGGAACGCUUGCUCCAGUUGUCAUUUGGUCGAUGAAAAUGCAUCCGUGGUUCCAAAGCGGGACAAGCUCAUUUUACCAAGUUUAAUAUCGGAUAAUAUUUAUGUUGUUGACGUUGCCACUGAUCCUCGAAAACCUGAAAUUGUAAAGGCAAUAAGUGGAGAUGUUUUGAAGCAACACAACGUAACAGCUCCUCAUACAACACAUUGCCUUGCCAAUGGCAAUAUCAUGAUCUCGACCAUGGGUGAUAAGGACGGAAAUACCAAGGGUGACUUUAUACAAUUCGACUCUGAGUUCAAUUGCUUGGGAACAUGGACCAAAGGUGAUAAGAAGGCACUUUGUGGAUAUGAUUACUGGUAUCAACCUUAUUUCGAUGCUAUGAUAUCCACUGAAUGGGGAGCCCCAAAACUUUGGCGGUCAGGCUGGGACGCGAGUCACAUCAAAGACUUCACCCAAUACGGCUGUCGUUUGAAUUUCUACAAAUGGUCAACUCAAACCUUGAUCCAGACCAUAGAUUUGGGAUUGGAGGGUGCCACUCCCUUGGAAGUUCGAUUUCUUCACGAUCCAAAGCAGCCACAGGGCUAUGUGGGCUGCUGCUUGAAUUCCAAAGUUUUCCACUUCAAGAAGCAACCAAAUUCAGAUCAAUUCACGGCAAAGAUGGUCAUCGAUGUUCCACAGAAGAAGGUCGAAGGUUUAGCUGCGGAAUAUAUUGGAGGAAUGAUGUCUGACAUUCUCAUUUCAUUGGAUGACCGGUUUUUGUAUGUUAAUAACUGGCUGCACGGUGAUGUUCGUCAAUAUGACAUAACAAACCCCGAAGAGCCAAAGUUGGUUGGCCAAGUUUUUCUAGGUGGAUCGAUUUGUAAGGAUUCAGGGGUAAAGGUGAUCGAAGACAAGGAACUAAAGGAGCAACCACCAGCACGUGUCAUUAAAGGUCGUCGUCUUGAAGGAGGGCCACAGAUGAUGCAGCUAUCGUUAGAUGGAAGGCGUCUUUACGUUUCAACUUCAUUGUGCUCACCAUGGGAUAAACAAUUCUAUCCCAAAAUGGUUGCUGCUGGCGGAACUAUUGCAAUGUUAGAUAUUGAUCCAAUAAAUGGAGGAAUGAAAGUCAAUGAAGAUUUUUUGGUUGAUUUCGGAAAUGAACCAUAUGGACCAGCAUUGCCACAUGAAAUUCGUUAUCCUGGUGGGGAUUGUACCUCUGACAUUUGGUUGGUGCCUGAAGAUGAAUAGAAAUAAAUGGAAUUUAAAUUUUUUUAAUAAUAUACAUAGAUAUAUUAUUAUUUUUGUUGUAUAUUGAAAGGUAAACGAAAUAAAGUUUUGAAUAAAA